AUUAACAAAGUUUAUUAAUGGUUUUAACAACAAACUGUUGAGGAGAAAAUGAGUAGGAAUGAAAGAAAGUCAUUUAGGAUGGUACAUCAGAUCAGAAACACCUUUACAUCAGAUCAGAAACGCCUUUACAUCAGAUCAGAAACGCCUUUACAUCAGAUCAGAAACGCCUUUACAUCAGAUCAGAAACGCUUUUACAUCAGAUCAGAAACGCUUUUACAUCAGAUCAGAAACGCUUUUACAUCAGACCAGAAACGCCUUUACAUCAGAUCAGAAACGCCUUUACAUCAGAUCAGAAACGCCUUUACAUCAGACCAGAAACGCUUUUACAUCAGAUCAGAAACGCCUUUACAUCAGAUCAGAAACGCCUUUACAUCAGAUCAGAAACGCUUUUACAUCAGAUCAGAAACGCCUUUACAUCAGAUCAGAAACGCCUUUACAUCAGAUCAGAAACGCUUUUACAUCAGAUCAGAAACGCUUUUACAUCAGACCAGAAACGCCUUUACAUCAGAUCAGAAACGCCUUUACAUCAGAUCAGAAACGCCUUUACAUCAGACCAGAAACGCCUUUACAUCAGAUCAGAAACGCUUUUACAUCAGAUCAGAAACGCUUUUACAUCAGAUCAGAAACGCCUUUACAUCAGAUCAGAAACGCCUUUACAUCAGAUCAGAAACGCCUUUACAUCAGAUCAGAAACGCUUUUACAUCAGAUCAGAAACGCUUUUACAUCAGAUCAGAAACGCCUUUACAUCAGAUCAGAAACGCUUUUACAUCAGAUCAGAAACGCCUUUACAUCAGAUCAGAAACGCCUUUACAUCAGAUCAGAAACGCUUUUACAUCAGAUCAGAAACGCUUUUACAUCAGAUCAGAAACGCUUUUACAUCAGAUCAGAAACGCUUUUACAUCAGAUCAGAAACGCUUUUACAUCAGAUCAGAAAGGUCUGUGGAAACACUUGCAGAGAGCUGCAUAAUAAAGAGUCUGUGUUGUGCUUCGAUUAGUUAAAAAAUAGAGUAAAACCUGUUGAAUUUUACACCAAACAUUGAAUGAUUUUAUUAUGAUUAAGAUAUUUUGAUAUCUUUGUGUACAAGCAAUGAAAUUUACAAAUCAAUUUACUUUUUUCUAGCGAUUCUAACCUUCCCAAAGACACAACACUUAACUGCUAAAUCACUCCCUGGGCUUAUCGCACAAGAGAUGGACAUGAGCUUGAUUAUGUUUGGUGAUAUGAUAUACUGCCCACCGUGCUCUGGGGAAGCGGUCAGGGACAGGUGAAGAGAAAGCGUUAAUUGAGGCGUGGUUUAGCAUUUGAUGACUUCAGCCAGUUUGAAAGAAUACAUUCUAAUAGACUUGGUAUUAAACCCAUAAUCCUCAGCUCAUAUGUGAGAACGUUUUGUCUUUAAGAUGAAGAGAGAAAAGCAGAUUAACGUGAAGGAGACGCCGUGUGUCCACUUUGUUUAGAAACAGUUUUAGCAAAAAAGAGGAAAUACAACGAACCAACAAACUCAUCCAGAACAUAUUCAUCCUGAACGAUUUUAAAACUGGGAACAAAAACCUUAAAAUUGCAAUAAAAUUGUUUGUCAAAAUUAAUUCUACAGACAGCAUCAUGACAGCGGCUCAGAUUUGAUCAGCGGUGGACGAAGUACACAAAAUUUAUUCGCCUUCACGUCCAUCCAUGGUGGGCUGCCGCAAGGUUUAAUAUGUGGUGAGAAAUUGGCAAGAUGGAGGUGUAAGAAAAUAUCGAUACAUGUGAGUAUUUCGAUAUUUUGUUUGAUGAUUCUCUAAAACACAUUACUGAUAUUUUAUAGUCAUUUAAGUGAUGAACACUGAUGAUCAUCAUGGCUCCUGUUAGUGGGUGGAUUUGUUUAUCAGGCAGCAGGUGAACAUUUUGUCCUCAAAGUUGAUGUUAGAAGCAGGAAAAAUGUUCAUGCGUGAGGAUUUGAGUGAGUUUGACAAAUUGUGGGUCAGAGCGUCUUUAAAACUGCAUCUCUUGUAGUCUGGUGAUCUGCAGUGAACAGAAUCUAUCAAAAGUGCUCCUGUAGCUCAAACUGCUGAAGAAGUUCAUGCUGUUGAUGAUCGACGGGUCACGACUGUUUUAGCAGCAAAAAGGGGACAACACAAUAUUAGGCAGGGGGUCAGAAUGUUCUAGUAAUCAGUGUGUACUGGUCGCUAGAUAGAUAGCAGUCUUCUUAUAUCUAAAUCUAAACAGUGACAGUAAGUACUCGCAUGAGGGCACGCUAAUGUUGCAAUAACAUCCACCUGUUUCCUGGGGGCGCUAUUGUACAAACGAUUAUGGGUAUAACUUCUGCAUAUUACUUUAAUAUGUAAUGUUUAUGUGGGGGCCGUACUUCAGGUGGGAAAAGGGCAAAAACAACAUGCGCUGUUCGUCACACACUUAUAACCAGAUGAAGUGCUAAAGAUAUCCAAAACAAAAGUAAGUGCACCCUCACAUUUCAGAAAACAUGUUAGUGUCUUCCCAUAGACAAUAGAAAUGAAACGUAGAUAUAUUUUAGAGUGUCAGUGUGCAGUGUGUGUAUCAGUACACAACUCCAUGCCUACUUAGAUCAAAAGGUGCAGGCUAUCUGUU